UAAUGAACGACAAACGCCGCCGCGCUUCGGGCAAGUGCGACGUCACCGGCCUGCCUCGUGGCCUGACCCGCUCUCCUCUCCUCUCCGCUGCGCGCCGCUCCGCGUCAGCCAGUGCACGCCGCGCCGGCCCGCGUGCUCGACGCCCGCCGUUGCUUGCUUUCUACACGAAUCGCUCCGGUGCUCACGUCCUGCGUGUGUGGAUGGAGCCUGCUGCUGUGGUGGUGGACGCGGUCGCCUUUGGAGUAAUGCUACCCAUGGAGCCCCGAUCAUCCGCGGUGAGGGAGGUGUGGUAGUAGUGGAACGACAUGAAGUCAACGUUUAGGUUCGAACUUACGAUGAACAAGUGAUAUAGGUUAUCGUGGCUUUUAAUUUUUUAAAUUAUUUUGAAAAGUAUUCCGAGGAUAAUUUUUAUUAGAAAAUAGUGCAUCGUGGAAGAUUUGUGCAGAUGGGGUGGUUCGAGUGCCAUGGAUUCCUGUUAGCUGUUGUUCUUCCUAGGAAUAUUCAUGAAUCAGGCUGCGCCCUAGGCUAUGGCUUUUGAUAAUGGAUAAUGAACAACCCCAUCAGGAGCUGGUGAAGUGCGUGGUGGUGGGGGACACGGCCGUGGGCAAGACGCGGCUCAUCUGCGCGCGCGCUUGCAACAAGCACGUGUCGCUGUCGCAGCUGCUCACCACGCACGUGCCCACCGUCUGGGCCAUCGACCAGUACCGCAUCUACAAGGAUGUGCUGGAGCGCUCCUGGGAGGUCGUGGACGGCGUCAACGUGUCGCUGCGCCUGUGGGACACGUUCGGCGACCACGAGAAGGACCGGCGCUUCGCCUACGGCAGGUCUGACGUGGUGCUGCUGUGCUUCUCCAUCACCAACCCGGUGUCGCUGCGCAACUGCAAGGUGAUGUGGUACCCGGAGAUCCGCAAGUUCUGCCCGCAGACGCCCGUGCUGCUGGUGGGCUGCAAGAACGACCUGCGCUACAUGUACCGUGACGAGACGUACCUCAGCUACUUCCGCGACCGCAGCCCCUUCGUCAGCGCGCGGGUUCGCAGGCCGACGCGGAAGAGCGACCUGGUGAUGCCCGACCAGGCGCGCCGCCCUCAUGGCGCGCCGCCAGCAGCGCUUCUGGAUGACCAACCUCAAGAAGGUCCAGCGGCCCAUGCUGCAGGCUCCUUUCUUGCCACCAAAACCCCUCCCACCAGAUGUGUAUGUGGCCGCAAGCACAUUUGCAGAGAACAUGCAACAGCUCUGGCUCCAGCAGGCCUACACUGACGUGGUGUUUGUGGCAGGCAGCAUGGGCUUCUCGGCACACAGAUUUGUUCUCGCUGCUGCCUCCCCCACCUUCCACAAAUUGCUCACUAUGGACCUCAGUUGUGACAUGGGAGCAAGGAGUUCCUCAGAGUCCAGUAUGGUUAGUACAUUUGGAGAGGCCACAAUGGGAGACUUCAAUGAUGACACUGAAUAUCUUAUUCGUCAGACUGACAAUUAUUUUAAACCUUCCAGAGUUUGGGACCAGUUAAAACGUCGCUCAAGCUGUCAGGUGCUGACCACAGAUUCAAGUAAAAGACUAGGUGUUACUCGUGAACUGAAUCAUCCAGCUUUCCAGGCCAUCCGCAUUGAGCAAGUUCAACAGUGUGAAGGACUGGACAACACACGAGGAGGCCGUCCAAACAGCUCAGUUCAGACUGUGAUUACUCUUUCUAAGCUGGUGACACCCCAGGCCAUGCAACAGUGCCUGCAGUUCCUCUACACUGGCUCUAUAGACACCCGCUUUUGUGAGCUGCAGGAGAUUCGGCAGGCAGCUGAAUUUUUGGACUUGCCUGAAUUGUUUAGUUUUGUAAGAAAUAUUCAAGCCCAUGAAGAAUUUAUGAAUACAGAUCUCAAACAACAGUAUAGAAAGGCUGUGCGAUUAAGGCUACAGGACCUGUGCUUAGGUCAAGGUCUUUUCUCGGACAUUGUGUUCCAAUUAGAUGAUGGCUCCUAUGCUGCUCAUAGGCCAAUGCUCAUGGCAAGAUGUGACAUGAUGAAAGCCAUGUUCUCAGGUGAUUUCCGGGAAAGCAAUGCAAAAGUUAUCUUGUUCCCUGGUGUGAAAGAAGAUACAUUCCACAAACUGCUGAUAUAUUUGUAUACUGAUGAUGUGCCCCCUAUCACGCCAGCUCGAUGUUUAGACCUUUUGGAAUUGGGAAACCGAUUGUGUUUACCCCGUUUAGUGAAUCUUGUAGAAAAAAGGGUGGUGGAAGAAUUAACAAGAUUAUCAUCUGCUGAAGGAUCAGAUGUUGUGGAGCACUGCCUUCGGCUCUUGGAGCCUUGCAAGCUCCAUAAUGCAGACCAGCUUGCAGAUUGGUGUAUGAACCACUUAUGCACAAACUACAAUAAACUCUGCAAAAUGUCACCUAAACUUUUGCGGAGUUUACAUCCAGAAAAUCAAGAUUAUUUGAGUGAACAUCGAUGGCCACCAGUGUGGUACCUAAAGGACUAUGAUUACUACCAAAAGUGUUGCAUGGAGAGAGAAAAAGAAGAGAAACCUUCACUGAAACGCAGUCGUCAUCAUUCUGGCUGCUUGUUCUUCACUGGCAAGUCCCGCCGAGAAACAGGGGAUGGUGCAGUCAAUCGAACCUUGCUAGGGAGUGCAACGGUAUGACAGUGUUGCACUGAGCACCGACGUCCACUCACUCUACUCUUGGUGCUCACAGUCCUCUUCUGCAUGUUCUUCGCAAUCACUGUGCUACUGCAGGCCAAGUCUACAUGAUGUCGCCCAUUUCUUCACAAGUAUUGGAUCUUGUGCUGUUAUGGCAAGCGGUGACCUCAGUGGUGAGCAGGAACUGCAUAGCCCAAACAGUGCCACAAUAACAAACUUACCUGUUCCAAGUUGUUAUUAAGAGGCUGCAUGGAUUUUUGAAGAGGCUUUGAGAAUUCAGUGAGUCUGUUGAAGAUUUUUGUGUGGAAGAAUGUGAUAAGGAUGGGUGUAGGGAGAAUAUGUGUGUUUGCAAGUAUAUUUUAUUACAGGACAUAAAUGAUUGAAUAUCAGGAACUCCAUGGUGUGAGCUUAGAGGAAAGGCCAGUGUGUAGUUUUCAGGUUUACUGUUCUUGUGAAUUUAUGUGGCCUCUGACACAAUUCUGGGCAUUUAUAUUCAGAGCAGUUACUGAAAUACUGCACUGUUUCAUAAAUACUGUAGGACCGUAUUUUCAAUCGCUGCCAACUAUAAGCAAAUGGACAUUGCUAAUAAUAAAUUUUGUAUCUAAGUUUCCAAAAUUGCAGUUACAGUGAAGAAACUUCGUUUGCUCAUAUAUAUAUUUUUUAAUUUGUUUCUCAAACUAAAUAUUACAUUGAUUUUAUAAAAACUGUCUACAUUCUUCUGUGUCCCUAACAAUUAAAUGAUAAAAAUUUGAUCCUUCAGUUCUCUCAAAUUUUAGUGCAAUUUUCACCACUACAUGCUAUCAUACUAAUGAAGUCAUAAUCAGUCAUUUAAACCUGAUAUUAAAUGAUUUUAUUAUUUUCUUUAUCAUUUCUGUACUUGCAAGAAUCUUGAAAGAAUAAUGUGAGAUGGACUUUGAAGUUGAUCUGGUAGAAAGACUUCAGUUUAGGAAUUGAUAUUAUAGAUGUGCUUUUCAUAUUGAAGUAGUGAUACAAGACACUACAUAUCAAAGUGUAGCAAGAAGACUGAGUUGAGAAAGUGAUCACCAGAUAAGAAAUAAUUUUGUAUUUGCACAAAGAUUGUGCAGAAUUGUUCCAAUGAUCAGAGUGAUUACUACUGAUAUUUCGUGUCAAUUGAGUGAAAUGUGUCAUAAUUGUACUGUUCAGUAUUUGAUUAAAAAUUUGACUGUAUGAUUAAAAUAAUGGUGUGAUCCUGAGGUGAGUAUUAAUGUUGUAUACUGUGGGGAAAAUACUGGGAGUUAGAAUUGAAGUAUAUUAUAUACAUAUAUAUAUAUAUUUUAAGAAAGAAAUUCAAGGAAGUUCCUUAUUCCAUCCAGGAUAGAAAUUCACUUGAUUGCUUUGUCUUCAUUUAUAUUUACAAUUUGAGUAAUUGAUAAUAAUUAAACAUGUAUACAUGCCUUUAUCUUAAACAGUUUUGCUUCCAAUAUUGCAUCAAAAUUUUGUUGAACUGAGAAACACUAUUACAAAUUGAACAACACAAAUAAAAAAGAAUAGCAUUUUUGCUCACAUCUGCAAGUAUUCCUUGGACUUGGGAGUUUAAAAAUCCCAGCACUCAUUCAUGUUAUUUAUCCAUUUUGCAUUUACACAAAAAGAAGUUGGAAAGUGUAGAGUUUUGAAGAGCUUGUAAUGUGUCAGUUCCUUUUAUGAUAGGAUAGAAUGGUGUUACAAAAUGUAACAUGGCUAAAUAUAUAAAUCAUUGCUUGUAUUUUUUGUGGGGUUAGAUUAUUAUAAGGAAUGUUGAGAAUUGGUGUUGUGACAGCCUUUGAAUUGCAAGGAUAAAGAAUUGGUGCAACACUUUGUACUAUGCCAGCCACUAGAAGAAAAAUUUUAAUAAGUUUAUUACUAUAUCUUAAAUUACAUACACUGCAAACUGGGUAGUUCUUAUUGCUGUGUUAUGCAACUUGAUUAUUAAUUCUCACAAAAAAAUGCAUUUCUCUAGUCACAUGUGUGUUAAACAGAUAAGUUGGAAUAACUGCUGCUGCAUUAUUUUAUAUAACAUGUUGGUGUGUUUUGUGUGAUUAUAUUAAUAUUGCCAAACAAGAUCUUUAUACCUAAUGCCUGUAAUAUUUACAAUCUUGAAUACAAUGAAAACAACUUACUACUUAAUUAGUGAAUGUGCCAUAGAAUUCACACUUUAUUAUCUCGUGAAAUAGGGGUGUACCGCAUUAUGAGAAUGCUUACAUGGUACUGUUUGUAUUGUUUUUAUUUUCAUUAACUGUUUCUGCUUAAUACAUUGUGUUGAAGAAAAUUCCACAAUUGAACAAAUCUUUUGACUUCGGAAAGCUUCUUUUAAAAUUAAUGCAAACUGGACCCUGUCUUCAAGUCCAAAAUGUCUGAAGUUAAGUCUAGUAGAAAUGGAACAGUCAAUGAAUUGUUACCACAAAGAUUGCAUAAUUAAUAAGAAAAUGGUAGGAAAAAUGUAUUUUGAGCGUUCAGUUAUUUUUCUUUUUUUGAGUGCUCAGUAAGAUGUCUUGAAGUACAUUCCAGACAACAGCUUGCAUAAUUCAAGAUAAUAAAAGUUUUUUUUUUCUUUUUGAAA